AUGGCCCUCCCGACUCGUUUCAAGUUUAACACCGGCGCCCAGAUACCUGCGGUGGGACUUGGCACUUGGAGAUCCGAGCCUGGUCGGGUGGGCCAUGCAGUCUCGUUCGCUCUGAAGAACGGUUAUAGCUACAUCGAGUCACACCCUUUCCUUCCUCAGCACGCACUGAAGGAGUGGUACGACAAGCAUGGCAUUCUCCUCGGGGAGUAUUCACCACUUGGCUCCGAAGAGUAUAUUGGGAAACUGACUUUGACCUAA